AUGAAACCAGCACGCCUCCUCCGCCACCAGGCACUACUACCUCGGCCCCACCCUCCUCGACCACGCACCUUCAGCACCACGCGCGCCGCCCUCGCCGACCAUGUAAGAAUAGUGGAAGUCGGUCCUCGCGACGGGCUGCAGAACGAGAAGACAUCGAUCCCGCUGCCCACCAAGCUCGACCUCAUCUCACGCCUGGUGCAGACGGGCGUUACGCACAUCGAAGCCGGCAGCUUCGUGCCCGCGAAAUGGGUGCCGCAGAUGGCGUCUACAUCAGAGAUCCUGGAAAGCAUCCUGGCACAGCCGCCACCGGCGCCGAAGGCCGUGCACUAUAACUACUUGGUCCCCAAUGUGCGGGGUCUGGAGAACAUGAUUAAGGUGCUGCAGUCGAAGGGCAAAGGGUCGGGAGGUGCUGCGGACGCGUACCCGACGCCGCCACCGAGUCCACACCCGGAGCAGGAGAGCGGUCAGGGCCCCAUUACAUCGACGGAGGAUCCGAACGCGAUGAGUUCGGAGCCGCCGGUGCAGGCGUCGCAGGCGAAUACGAGUGAGAUCUCGCUGUUCGCGGCGGCGACGGAGACGUUCAGUCAGAAGAAUACGAACUGCGGAAUUGCGGAGAGUAUGGAGCGGUGCAAGCCUAUCAUGGAGCUGGCGCGCCAGCACGGGAUACGGGUGCGCGGAUAUGUGAGUGUUGCGCUGGGGUGUCCGUACGAGGGCCCAGACACCGAUCCGCACAAGGUGGCCGAGCUGACGGCGACGUUGUUGGAGAUGGGCUGUGACGAGGUCAGUGUGGCGGAUACGACGGGCAUGGGUACGGCGCCGAAGACGAGGAAGUUAUUGCAGACGCUUAAAGAGGCGGGUAUCCUCAAUGAAGAUCUGGCGCUGCACUUUCACGACACCUACGGUCAGGCAUUGGUGAAUACGGUGGUCGGCCUGGAGCACGGGGUGCGGAUAUUUGAUAGUAGUGUUGGGGGUCUGGGAGGAUGUCCUUACAGCAAGGGAGCCACCGGCAACGUGGCCACAGAGGAUUUGCUGCACCUAUUGCACAGUCUAGGCUGUGAGACUGGUAUCGAUAUUGUCAAGAUGGCGGAGAUUGGCCGUUGGAUUACCGGAGAAAUCGGCAAGCCCAACGACAGCAGGGCCGGUAAAGCCACUCUAGCCAGACUGGAUAUGUAG